GAGGCUCCGUGCCGCUGUGCUCAGCCCGGCGCGGCUCGGGAACGCGGCGAGAGACUGGCACGGACUAAAGUUAUCCCGGAAUAAGGCUGCACGCAUGUGCUGUCACCCCGGAUGUGAACAUGCCGGCCCGGCUCCCCACUAGCUCGCUCCGCCCGGCUGUAGCGGAUGGGCCGAGCCGAGCCGUGCCGAGCCGUGCCAAGCCGUGCCAAGCGCGGCGGCGGCGGCCGUACGCGGCCAGCGAGGGGCCGGGACGGGCAGGAGCCGUGAGGGACCGGGUGCGAGAGGCUCCUCCGGCCAAGGGGCAGCCCCGAGGGGUCGGGCAGCAACCCCCGGCACGACCCGGCACGGCCCCGCUCGGCCCGGGGCGCCGGGAGCCGGGGGGAGGGGCGAGCCCGCAGCCCCGGGAGGGAUGGAUUUUCGGGGGAAGAAGUACGAGCGCGGCAGCAACUGGUCGGACCCCGAGGUGGUGGAGCUGCUCCAGCUGUGGGCGGACGAGUCGGUGCAGCUGGAGCUGGAGAGCUGCCUUCGCAACCAGCACGUCUUCAACCGCAUCGCCGAGGUGCUCCGCGAGAAGGGCAUCCACCGCACCGGGGACCAGUGCCGCGAGAAGAUCAAGAAGAUGAAGCUGGAGUACCGGCGCAUCAAGGACAACAGCAAGGCCCCGCGGGGCGGCCGCACCUGGAAGUUCUACGACGUGAUGGACCGAGUGCUCAACAGCCGGCCAGCGCUGGCCUACGGACCCAUGGGCGGCGGUUUGAUGGCCGGCCAGGUGCUGCCGGGCGGCGUGAUGGACGGCUACCACCACCAGUUUGCCGCCCCUAUCCUGCCCUUCGGGCACUCCCAGCACCCCGAACUGAUGGAGAUCAAAUGCGAGGAGGUGAACUCUGACGAGCACUGCCUGAGCCCAGAGCCCCCGGCAGCCGUGUCUUACCAGCAGGGCUGCCCUGAAGAGCACGAGAUAGAGAGAGCCUUCCUGGAGAGGGCCCAGAAUGACUCUCCCAUCUCCAGGGUGGAAAUUCCCAUUGAAACCAGUGUUUCACCUUCAGGUUUCAGUGAGCCCAGCAUGGCCAACUCAUCCCGGAUGCAGAACGCAGUUCCUCGGCCCGGCUUCUCCACCUUGCACCGCCUGCGGAAGAAGCGGAAAAGCCAGCGGGUGAAGGACCCGCUCGACGAGCUCCUGCUGAAGACCCUGACGUCACAGCGGGCCAUGGAGGAGCGUUUCUUGCAGAUGGAGGAGCGGCGGUUCCAGCGGGACCUGGACGUGGAGGAGCGGCGGAUGCAGCUGGAGCAGCGGCGCUUCGAGCUGGAGCGCGAGCACGAGUUCCGCAUGUUCAGCGUUUUCGCCCAGAUGCUCAGCAUCCUGAAGCGGAGCCACGGCGGCGCAUCCCCUUCCCUGGCCAUGCCUCCAGGCCUGGACUUCAGCCAAACGCUGUCGGAACUGACGGGCCGGGUGGGAAGAGGCGACGAGCGGUGGCCGAGGGCCGGAGGGCUGGCGGUGAGCCGGGGCGACAUGUGUGGCUUCUGCCCCCCGGAGGAGUUCCGGCGCAGCCCAUACCUCUCCGCUCGCGGUAACGUCGCCAACAUCUUCCGGGGCUCCGACGAGGAGGGGUACAAAGCGUACCACGCUGACAAGUAUGAUGAAGACACGAACCCCAACGGUAUAAUUAAUUUUGGCACCAGUGAGAAUAAGCUCUGCUUUGACCUGAUGUCCAAACGGCUAAAGGAACAGCUGACACAGGCCGAUAUGAACCUCAUGGAGCCACUGCUGCUUCAGUAUCCCGACUGGAAGGGACACAUGUUUUUACGGGAGGAAGUGGCUCGAUUUUUGACCUAUUACUGCAAGGCCCCUGCACCUCUUAAGGCAGAAAAUGUGAUUGUUCUGAACGGUUGUGGCUCUUUGUUUUCUGCAUUAGCUACAGUCCUGUGUGAUCCAGGGGAGGCUGUUCUGAUUGCAACUCCUUUUUAUGGUGGUAUCACCCAGAGCGUCUUCCUGUAUGGCAACGUCAAGCUGGUGUAUGCCUAUUUAGACAGCAAGAUUACUGGAACAAGCACUCGGCCUUUCCAGCUUACUGUGGAAAAACUGGAAAAGGCCUUGCAAGAUGCCCAGGCAGAGGGUGUAACUGUAAGGGCCUUAAUUCUUCUGAAUCCCCAGAAUCCACUUGGGGACAUCUACUCCUUGUCAGAGCUACGGGAUUACCUGGAAUUUGCUAAAAGACACGAAUUGCAUGUGAUAGUAGAUGAGAUCUACAUGCUGUCAGUUUUUGAUGAAUCAGCCACGUUUCACAGUGUCCUGGGCAUGGACAGAUUGCCUGAUCCACAGAGGACUCAUGUGAUGUGGGGUAUAAGCAAGGAUUUUGCUGUCUCUGGGAUUCGUUUUGGUACUUUGUAUACAGAGAACCAAGAUGUUGCUAAUGCGGUGGCUUCUUUGUGUUAUUUCCACGGGGUCUGUGGACCAGUCCAGCACAAAGUUGCACAGCUGCUUAGGGACAGAGAAUGGAUCAACCAGGUGUACUUGAGAGCCAAUCAUGCCCGGCUGAAAGCUGCCCAUACGUAUGUGACAGAUGAGCUGAAGACACUUGGGGUUCCUUUUCUCAACCGCAAUGCAGGCUUCUUUGUCUGGAUUGAUUUCCGAAAGUACCUUAGGACAGGAACAUUUGAGGAGGAGAUGCUGCUCUGGAGGCGUUUUCUUGAUAACAAGGUCCUCCUGUCGUGUGGCAAAGCCUUCGAGUGCAGUGAACCUGGAUGGUUCCGCAUCAUCUUUGCUGACAAGACCCACCGACUACAGCUGGGUAUGCAGCGGAUCCGCAAGGUUUUGGAAGAACGAGAGCAGGAGAUAUUGUCUGAGGAAAAGGAACAGCCUUGUCAGUCAGAUCAGGAUGGCAAAGCAGAUAGCACAGAUGAAGUCAUUUUCGUAUCCCACCAUCAGGAAUCUCCCUGUGCUGGCAAUUCCAAUCUCAGUGACCUCAUUGGCCUCCUGCAGCAGCAGAUGCGUUCAUCUGAUUGGCUACAGAAAAAUACAGCAGAACAGCUUGCAUAGAAAAAGCCAGAGAUCUACAGUGUGUUCAACAAACUCAUGGGAAAAUAGUAGGGGCCAGUGUACCUUUAGGCAUGUUCUUGAGCACUAAUGGCCCUGAGCCCCUAACAGCUCAGCAUUGACUUCCAGCAAAUAAUCUAUUUUCUGUAUAGCAAGAAAAUCACUUUGUAAAACGCCUUCUCUACCCCAUUUGAUGUCUCUGAUUUGUAUUAUAUAGGUGAUUUCCUUGGAUUGGGGUGAGGGUAGGGAAUGGUGGGGUUUUUGUUCCCCUGCUGCCCCUCAUCCUGCUGCGUCAUUGUAUUUUGUAUUUCAUUUCUAAUGAAUACGCUCUUAACUCUCUUAUAAGGUCCUGUGGUGUUGUGGUGUCUUUUUUUUUACACUUCUCUUUUCACUCUCUCUGGGAAAGUGGAGGUUUGAGAUUGUUAAAAUGAGUAAGGUUUCCCUUUUCCUUCCUGAUAUUCAGAAGUAAUUAUUUCAGUGUCGGAAUAUGAUUGCUUUCACAGAGAGGUGUUUUGGGGGGAUAAAAUGUCAGUUCCAAGGUAGCCUCAGCUAUGGGUCAAUAAGCUUGUGUACCUGGCUGUCUCCAUGGAUGAGGCUCUUAGAACAUGAUCAUUUAUUUUGAAUUCUGUAAAGCUUUUUCAUUUUGAGUUGGUUUCCAUUCUAUUCUCAGAUCAGACAGUAUCUAAUCCCCGUGGCUGGUAAAAUGCCUGUUUUUGUUUUUGUCCUUCACUUUGUAUAAAUAAAAAGAACCCCAUUGGAUUCUUAGCCCAUUAUGUCCAUGAAAGAGUAGAGAGAUGAUGGAAAGACAAUAUUCUCUCUGCAGCCUCCCUACUCCUGAGGUCCAUCCCUUCUGGUUACCAGUGAGAUUAUUCACAGGAAUAUUGAGAAUGUUCCUUAUACCUCUGUGCUAGACGUACCUACUUUAUGCCCACAGGCUUUCAAGGUGGCGCCUUCCACUGUUACCUGAACUACUAAGUCUAUCAUUUGGCAAAGUAGCCUUCUUGACUAAACUAUAUUCUCUGGUGUCCUGUCCUUCCUCUGUUUUCCAUUUUGAAAGACGCUGCACGAUGAUGACAAAUAACUUUUGUUGGUAAUCUUCUUUCUCAGAUGCAGAUCUGUUUAGUUUUUUGAAUGUUACAUUUAUUGAUAUGGUAAAAGAAGUGUUUUUUUGCAUACUUAUUAAUCUAGAGUUAAAGGAAAUGGUCCAUA